AUGACGCUUUUAGGAGGCAGGGCCGCGACCGAGUGGCUGGCUAUGUGCUUCGGAGCUUGCCUCCCUGCGGACUACACGGCCUUUACGGACAAGGAACCCGUGGAACGGCGGCCGAAAAGGCCCAAGACCAGCUGGCGGGAGCUGCCCCUGCUGUCCAAGUACGAGCUCGUCAAACCCAUAGGGAGGGGCGGUUUUUCCGAGAUAUGGUUAGCUGAGCGGUUGAACGAUAGCCGUACCAAGGUCGCUAUCAAGGUAGUUGAUCUUACCAACCCCGAUCUGGAGGCUGAGGAGGUGGGGUGCCUGAUUGCGGAGGCCAAAUUCCUGCGCUCGCUGGACUGCCCCUUCCUGCUGAGCUGCCAUGAGACGGCCGCGAACAAGGACUGGCUCCUGCUGGUGCUUGAAUACUUGUCCGGCGGGGAGAUUAUGGACCACCUGCACAAGGUGAUGAAGUACACGGAGGCGGAAGCGGCCAAGCUUUUUGCACAGGUGGUUUCCGCGAUCUCCUACCUGCACAACCUCAACCUCAUACACCGGGACAUUAAGCCCGAGAACGUGAUGUUCGUCAAUGCGGUGGAGGAGUGUGAGGCACUGGGUCGACCCCUGCGGGUCAAGGUCAUUGACAUGGGCAUGGCAGCUCUGUACAACCCGGAAAAGCCCAUUCGUGGCUGUAUCGGCACUCCAGGGUUUGUGCCCCCGGGCCGUAAGCCCCACAGCGGUCAGGAUAUCCGCUUGAUGACGUAUUGCAAUAAGAGCAUAAAAGAGGCACCCGGCCUGAAGGACGAACGCUUUCUGUCGCUGUCCUCCGCCGCCCGGGAGCUGCUGCUGGCCAUGUUGGCGGACGACCCACGGGACCGUCCCUCGUGUGCGGAGGUGCUCAGACACCCCUUCAUCACCGCGGCGGACGGCGACGCACAGCGGGCGCACAGAGAGAUUGAGAUCUCCGUGCGCCGCAGGAUGCGCGAGCUGGCGCAACUACGUCGAGUCCACGGCCUGCACUACGCACUUCGCGCUCACAAACCCGAGGGCGCCGACCACCUCACCUUCCUACGUCUACUGGAUCAGAAGCGGGUCAGACUGAAAGGAGACAGCGGCGGAUUCAUCAGGCAUUCAGAUGCCUUCAUGCGCACCUCUGCGGCGGAAGGCAGCGGCGGCGGCGGCGGCGUGAUAGGCUUCUGCCGGAGCUCUCUUGCGCUGAGCUACGCCACUCCGCCCCCCGUGCUCCUCAUGAGCAUACCACAGAGCCAGCCACCCGCUACCUGCGCGGCGGUGGCGGCGGCGGCGGCGGCGGCAUGGGACCCAACAGCCACCACCAGCAGCUCGCAUCACCACUCGCCACCGCCGAUGCUACAGCCCAUAAAGGAGCAGCCGACGCUGACGUCGGGAUCGCUCCCUGGAGUGGCACGAAAGACGAAAGGAUUGCAGGAAGCAGCGGCGUUCUCUUUGCCGUCGUCGGGGCCAGCAACGGACGGUUGCAAUACACACGACGCCGCGCAGCAGAGCAAGCCAGGCCUGGGUGCGGCGCAGGUGCCACCACUUCCGGGCAGGUUGCCAGCGGCGGCCGCUGCAGCAUCGAGGCCCACGUCAUCGGGGGGGGACCUCUCUGCCCGCGGCGGCAGCGCCCACAACAAACAACAGCAUCAACAUAAAGUAAUGAUUGACCCCAUGGCGGUCGUUAAUGCAUUGCCGACGCUGCAGCACUGCACGUCCGCGGACGCAUUGACGCUGCCGGGGGCUCGUGGUGUAGUGGUGGUUCGGGGGGGAAGCGACGAUGGCUGCAGUGACGGAGCUGUCGGCGAUCGGGCCCCGGGAGGGGCGUCACCGGUGGCUUCGACUGCUCUGCUAGACCAGGCACUCGUGAGGUGCAUGUCAGCCAAUCCAGAUACGCUGGAGCUGUUGAGCCACCGGGAGUCCCUUAGGAAGCUCUGGGACCAGGUCGCAGUAGGUCCCCUAGCAACGGAGGACAGACAGGCUCUCGGGGCCUCCGCCACGGGCUACCGUCACUCAGCGCCGCCAGCGGAGGGCAACGUGGUAGGAGGCGGAAUCGGAGUCGGAGGGAGCAGCAGUGGCGGCGGUGGCGGUGGCAUUUAA